AUGAUUAUGCCUUUGCAUUCGCAGUCGGCGCUACUGAAUCUUCCCAUGGAACUUCUCCUAAUCAUUCUUCGCCAGCUUCCCCACUGGGCACUGCUUCAACUCGCAAAAGCCUGCAGGCCACUAAAUCACCUUUGUAUACCCAUCCUCCUGGAACAUCACGGCGUCGUGGACCCUCGAUCCAGCUGCGAGAUCAUACUUCGUCACGGGAGCUAUCCAGAUGCCCUCUCUGGGCUCUUUGUUGCAACAUACAUCCACAAGCUACGUCGCCUUUCAUGCAAGUUUGAUGACAGCGCAUUAUACCCAUCUACCGUGGGCUUGGUCCCAUUUUCCACCCGAAGCAUUCGCCGCCUUCAGAAGUUCAUCGCAAGACUAUCUUCUAUCGAGGAGAUCGUCAUAACAUUUGGGAUGAUCAAUGUCAAUUGGUCUUUGAACGACACGAUUAUGAAGGAUUUAGUGCACUCCCUUCAAGACUUAUUUAACACAAUUGGAUCGAAGUCUUGCACUUCAUUGCAGAUAUUACAUGGAGGAACAUUGUUUGGAAGGAGUUAUACCUUUGAGAUAGUCGAAACUUGGAAGGAAUUGUUUUGGACGACGAUGAGGCGAACUUUGGUGCAAAAUUUCUGCCCCAACAAUAACCAACUGCAUGGAGAUCGCUGGUAUUACCUGCGAAACGGAACAGGCUUUCCUCUCAUUAAAUGGGCGCCAAACCCAUCGUUCACCAAUAGAUUGACGACGUUGUCGAUCACUUCAGCUUUUUUGCUUUUACCACCCUGUGCUGGGUGGACAUACGCUCUCAUGGAACAUUCUCCUAUCACGUCACUUACUCUCUCGCUGCCUUGCUUCAUACCCAUCACUCAGUGGCGUCUCGCCAUCCUUCCUCGCAUAUCUCAGGCCCUACCUCAACUCCAUGAGCUAUCAUUACCUCAUAUCUCAGAGGGCUUGCUACCAACUAUCCUCGUAUUCCUUUCCCAGCUGCCUUUGCUUCGAAAAGUUAGCCUUGGUCCAACUAAAGAAGGUCAUUAUUAUCCGCUGGGGCGGAACGAUCAACCAAUCCUCAACCACCUGCUUUCUAUCUCAGGAAGUCCAGAACAAGUGUGGUACAUUCUCAAUUACUCCGUCUCCUGCCCAAAUCUUUUAUCAGUUGACAUCAUUGUCAACCGUGUUUAUCGCAACACGGCUGGGUUACGCUCAGUCGCAGAGACACUAUCCCGUCUUCGCCAGCGAUUCGCGGAGAUGAACGUAAAACCAUCUAUCUCUCUACACUUCAAGUUGUACUACGAAUUUCCAGUAGAGGCUGACAACGGGCUUUUGACACGCCCUGGCUGGGAAACACUCUUCCAGGCUGUCUCUGGUCUAUCCCUUGAUGUACCCGCCACACCAGACCAACUCAUGGCAGGACAGCGACUGGAAUACAUCCUUGCGUGGUUAGCGCUUUUUCCAGCCAUCAAACGCCUGUCUUUGAGUACCGAGUAUGGCCCUGUUGGCGUUCCACUUCGUCUCCCAGAUUCAAUGCUCAGAAUUAUUGGGCCUCGAUGCCCGGGAGUUGGCACCAUUCUCUCCAUCACCGUUACCCUGCAUCGGGACAUCGACUUUCUAUUUAUGCAAGAUCUCACACAAGGAAUUCUCGCACCCGCUCUCUGGAGGACACUCUUCAUCCUUGAAUCGAUAGAAACCGGCGUAUUCGGCUGCGGAGCACGCACAAUUCAACAACAAAUUAUGAAACGCUUCUCUUUUCUCCCAUUCGCGGGCAGUAGAAAAUACCUGUGGCGAUAUCUCAUCAACUCGCCCUCCGCAGCAGCAUUUUAUCAAGGCAAUGUACACUUUACCAAGAUUCUCACUUUCUUUUCGAGGCUGCAAUGGUCUUCCCAAUCCUCUCCCGCUAUGGAACUCAAGGGGGGUGGGCCAGGAGCCAACCAAGGAGCUAACAAUGGACCCAAUAACGCGCCAACGACGCCCACUGCUAAUAACGCACCAGCCACGUCCAGCACUGGCAUUCCAACUAGCUCUCAGACCUCUAGCUCUCAGACCUCCAGCUCUCAGACCUCCAGCUCACAGACCUCCAGCUCCCAUACGAGCAGUAGCAGCGCAUUAUUAGUUUCGUCCGCGACCGCCUCGUCCACGACACAAAAUAAAUCAUUUUUGAACGUUGUGGGGAUUGGUGGUCUGGUCGGAAUCAUUCUGGGAUCAAGUAAGGCCCGGAUGUGUUAUUCGUCGACUUCACACUGA